UGGGUCUAUCUAACAUGCAAUAGUUGCCUUUCUAGGCAACUUUAUGAUCAUAAUUUCUAAUACGGCCCUGACAAAUGCAUCAUAGAUCUAGCGGAAAAGGAGAUUAUGAUGCAAAAACAAUCGAAAAUUUUGUAAACUACAAUGUGACAGAGAUGGAGGACAUCACCAAAAGGUUAUCCGACCUCAAAGAAGCCACUCAAGCAACAGACCAUGUGGAUAUCCUCAAUUCGGUAAUCAGAAAGGUCUCUUUCAUGAAGAACAUCACUCAGAGCCUUUUGAUCCUCUCGAAGACAAGUGUGCAACCCAAAGUUGUGGAGGCAAAGCCCUUGGUAGACACUUCCAAUUCAGACAAACUGAAAAAGAGGAACAAGAAGGAUCAAGAGAAAGCUAGAGCAGAGGUCAUAAGUAUCCAGGAAUCUGAUGAUAAUGAAUCUUGAAUCUCACUUAAAAUUACCAAAACCAAUAAUCCUUAAAGAAAUGAUUAAGGAUGACUAUGUCUUUGAAGAGGAAAGUAAAGAUCCUCAAUGAAGUUCCAAUGAGAGCCACAUUGGCGAAGAAGAAAAGUCUAAUUUGAGUCAAAAGGUAGCUGUCCUCUUGAAGAACAACACGAGAUCAUCUCUGGAUGACUUCAUCGACAAACCUGCAUUCUUUGAAGGCUGAGAAACUUCUCCAGGCAAUAAGACUAAGGAUAAUGAUACACAAAAAUCCUCCAAACUUAGAAGGGCAGACUUCUGCAGAGUCUGAAUGGUUUACUCUCCAGCAGAGGAGCUUAUAAAGAUGUGCAAUGGCAAGCACAUGGGCCAUAAGCCUUGCUUACGCAAACUUUGUAUUGAGUAUAUCAAUCGCCUUAGGCAUCCUAACAAAUGCUUUACUAGUAAAUGCACAAAGAGCUUACUCACUGAGACAUUGAACAAUAUAGCUGAUAAUUCUUAUGAGAAAUCUUAUGUCAAUUUCGCACAUUUCGACAACUUCAAUGCCACCAAGAAGGGGAAGUCCAUCAUGUGGUGCAACAAGUGCUGGUCGAUGGUCCUCAAAUCCACCAAGGGAGGUAAAGUUAGAAAAUGCGCCAAAUGUACACAAAUAAUGUACAGAGUUAGAGCUCUAUUCCACCAAGAAGGAGACAAGGAUGCAGGAGAAGAACAGCCAAACAUGAAGAAGAGGAUCAAGUCUUUUGUUAAGGUGCUGUUCCAACAAGAAUCCACAUAUAAAAAGCUGAAUAACUCUGUGCUUUCUCUGUAAAACUUUUUA